AUGUAUAGUCCGGGAAAAUAUGUUCGCGCUCCGGCUAAUGAAGAGUUUACAGAUAGCUCGGAUGAUGAUCUCUCGUUAAGUCGGGGAAAAUAUGUUCGUGUUGCCGAGUCACACGAUGAACAUGUAGUUCAGGGUAAUCUGUAUAGUCAUUAUCAGACGGAAAUCGAUCCUGGUAAUGAAAACAUGGAAUUGAGGAAAAGGUCGGCAACACGGGACGAGGCGUUUCAAGUUGAUUCACUACCAUUAGAAAGUACACAUUUAGAUUCAACAAUGGCUAUGGCGAUUACACAUGCGCAAUCUCGUGACAGUGUACAACGCAAGCGUAUGGCAGCAGAUGAAAGAGAGUUUGAUUCUAGGCGGAAACUGGCCCGUAGCACUGGACGAAAUUGGGAAAUUCCAUCGACGCGUCGGCAGGAGCGAUGUUCACGGUGUAAUCGAGCAGCGCAUAGUGACCGGUUGUGUCCAGCGCUGAGCAGAAACUGCAACGCUUGCGGUCUUCGAGGUCAUUUCGCUGCAACAUGUAGAAGAAGACGGGUUCGCAUCGUAGAAGAGCAUUCUGGAUCUAGCUCUCAGAACAACAGUAACGUUCAGAAAAUCAACGCAUUGUCUCUUAGAGAUGUUUUGAUUAGUUGCCGCGUAGGUUCAUCAAGCGCCAUAGAGUUUUUGGUUGAUUCUGGGGCUGAUGUUAAUGUAAUUGGUGGAGAUGACUGGAGCACGCUUGAAGAUCAAUGUCGGUCGUGUAUAGCUGAUGUUGAGAGUAUCGACAUUCCUGGAAAAGAACUACAUGGGUAUGGGGCCGAUACCCCAAUGUUUAUUGAACGUGCUUUCAGAGCCAAAAUACAAGCUAUAGGGCUCGAAAAACCGAUCGUUACGGCCGAUUUUUUGGUCGUCAAGGAGGGUCGUCGAUCUUUACUUGGUAGAAGCACUGCUAGUGAUAUGGAGCUUUUGAAAAUAGGCUUUGAAGUGAAUACCUGUGAGAAAUUAAAGCAUAUGCAAAUAUUUCCGAAGAUGCCUGGUGUGAAAAUUAAGUUUAGCAUAGAUAAAACGGUACCCCCCGAAAAGAAUGCCUACUAUAAUGUUCCGGCGGCUUACCGCGAAGCAGCAAGAGAUCGUCUGAAAGAAAUGGAAAAUCGCGGAAUCAUCGAAAAAGUCAUUACUGCACCGGAGUGGAUCAGUGGCAUGUCUGCUGUUCCGAAAGGUAGGAACGACUUUCGCCUCGUUGUGAAUAUGCGGGCGCCUAACAAGGCUAUAAAACGUCAAUAUUUUCGUUUGCCUGUCCUUGAGGAAAUGAAAGUGAAGCUGCAUGGUGCGAGAUAUGUCUCGAAAUUCGAUUUGUCCAGCGCUUACUAUCAUUUAGAACUGAGCAGUGAAUCAAGGGAUUUGACGACCUUCCUGGCCGAAAAUGGGAUGUAUCGAUUCACUCGGCUUAUGUUUGGUGUGAACUGCGCUCCAGAAAUCUUCCAGAGGGAAAUUUCUAGAAUUCUGGAAGGCAUAGAAAACAAGAUAGUGUAUAUCGAUGAUAUACUUGUGUUUGCUGAAACACUAGAAAAGCUGCAUUCGAUAGUAGCUAAAGUGUUGCAAAUAUUGAAAGCGAACAAUCUUACCCUCAACCUUGAUAAAUGCGAGUUCGACAAAACUCAUAUCACAUUUAUAGGUCACGAGUUGGAUGAAAAGGGAAUAAAUAUCGAGGAAACCAAAAUAGAGGAUAUCAGAAAAUUCCAUCAUCCUACAUCAAUAUCAGAACUAAGAAGUUUUCUGGGUUUGGCGACUUUUGUGAGUCCGCAUAUAGCCAAAUUUGCCGAUAUAUCAUCACCUUUGUGGUCUGUUGUUUCGUCAAAAACUUGGAGUUGGGGAAAAGAACAAAAUGAAGCUUUCGAACUCCUUAAAGAUCGCAUUAUACGUUGCACGAAUCAACGUGAAGCUCUAAGUGCUGUGUGGGCAGUCGAGCAUUUCGGAUACUACCUGUUGGGAGGACAGUUUACUCUACGAACUGAUGCUAAGGGCAUUACCUUUUUACUGAACAGGUCGCGCGAAUCUACCAAAAGAGCCUUGACUAGAGCUGAUGGAUGGGUGCUAAGACUCAGUCCUUACCGGUACGACGUUGAGUUUGUGCGUGGUAGAGACAACCUGGCUGAUCCGUCCUCCAGGUUAUACGACGGGAAUGAUAAUGCCUUUAAUGAAAAGAGUAGUCCUUGGGAAAUAGCUCACUUGCAGGCAAAUAACGUAGAGUUCCUAAUCGAUGAAGAGAUUAGGCAGGCUACUUCCAAGGACAUUUUAUUCCAACGCUUGAUAGAUUCGUUAGAGUCAGGAGAUUGGCCGGAUGAAUUACGCAGAUUUAAAACAAUUUCUAAUGAUUUGUCCAUCGAGAAUGGCAUCGUUAAUGGCUUGGCGGAAAACUUCAUGAAGGUUGUCAAUAAGGCCAUGUGUGCAGCAACAUCGUCGGAGACUAGUUAUUUAAAAGAGCUACGGGAUGCCGUUCAUGCAUACAACCCUGGUUUUCAUUCAGUUAUUAAAUUGCCGCCAGAAGAGAUUAUGAAGGGUCGAAAAGUUAGACGUGGUUUACCGUUACUGAAGUAUAGAAAGUCGGUUAUUGAUGAACAGCUUAUAGAUACUAGAGAUCGUGAGGGUAAGCUUGAGGGAAAGGUUAGGGAAGAUAGACGACGAGGAGCGAAACCAAGUGCAAUAGGACCAGGAGACACUGUGAUUGUUGAGCGUUACCAGUCUAAAGGAAAGGGUGAAUCAAGGUUCGGCACCAAAAAGUUCACGGUUUUGAAAGAAGAUAACGGCAAUUUAUUGCUGACUGAUGAAGAAGGGCAUAUAACAAAACGACAUGUAUCUCAAACGAGGAAAGUUGGUCAAUGGAGGGAUAACUCUGGUUCAAAAGUCGACAUGCCGAUAGAAGAUAACUCAUCUAACAGGUCUAAGAGAGUGCCGAAGGUCCCAAAAUAUUUGUCAGACUAUGUUCAAACGUUAGGUGGGGAUAAAUCUAAAUGA